AGGGACCCUAGAGCCAAUUGCUCAACUCGCUUCCCUUGCAAAGAACAGAAACUGCUGUUGCUUCGAUCAUCAGACAGAAAGGAGAAGAUGAUGAUGGAAUAGUCCUACUCUACUUAUGACAAUAUGACUAUGAAACUCACCACCAGCAAACUCCCCAUGGAACUCGACCUCGACUCUUUCCUCAACUUGCACUCCGACUCCGACGACGACUCCACCGCCGUCCCUCACCGCACCCUCGAUGAAAUUCUCGACGACUCCGAUUCUUCCACGUCUACCUCCCCUCCUUCUUCCCCAUCAUCCUUAAAAAUCAACCAAUCUCGCCUCUCUGAUCUUCCCCUUUCCCUGAACGACGCAGUCUCAGAUGACUCCACAGGAUCCCUAAAGCGCACCCAGUCUCAGCUUUUGGGUGAUAAUUCUGACCAGACACGACCCAAUUCUUUUACUCGGGUUAAGUCUGGUGGGUUAUCGGCUGAUUCGGUAUGGAGGGCUUCUUCUUCAUCGAGACCCUUGCCGUCUUUGUUCGGUGGGGUGAGAUCAAACGCGAAGCCAGGGGCUGCGCUUGCUGCAGCAGCGGCAGCGUCUCGGUCGGUGCCGACCCCGCAUGCUGCCGCGAUCAAGUCGAGAAGGGCGGUCAGUCUCCGGAAGGUUAUGGACACUGGAAAAUCGAGUUCCCUCGUUGGUGAUGAUCACGAGAUUGUUUCAAAUUCAUCCACUGGGGACUCAGUUGUAGCUGCUACGGAGAGAAACAGGUCUGAUGGUAAAUUGGCUGCCGAAGAUGAUAACGCGGGUGAUUAUCAAUCUGCUUUGGAAGAUGAAAUUUCCGCAAGAGAUAGGAAUUUGGAGACUACAACUGAGGUUUUUCCUAGUAAAGAUUUGGCAGGUGAAGUAGAAGCUGCCGAUAAAAUGGAGGAAUUAAGGGAAACUAGCUAUGAGCAAGAUGCCACUACUUCAAUAUCCAACUCGACCGUUUACUUACAUUUGGACGACGGCUCCAAAAAUUUGGGUUCAGAUGAUAGAAAAGAUGAAACUAUAGCAACUGUUUCUUCUGAUGAAGAUUCUAAGUUUGUGGAUGUGAAUGAUUCUUGCGAAGUGGAUAUUCUGUCCUCUUCUAGGGAUGAUGACCAUGGAAAGUGUGAGUUGAAUUCGACAAUGAUGCCACUGGAAGAGGGAGAUUAUUUGGAGAAAGAUCUGCAGAGCUCUAAAGAUGAUGAGGCCGGUAUUACUACUGGUGGCGGUGAUGAUGCCAGUUCAAUUAGUGAAAUUUCGGAGCUUGUGGAGGAGAGAAUUGAGCAACUGGAGAGUGAGAGGAUUAUUAAAAGAGCACAAAAGAAACUCAGGUCCACUAUGAAGCCACUUGAAUUGGCAGAAGAACUUGAGAAGAGGCAGGCUUCUACCGGUUUGCAUUGGGAGGAGGGUGCAGCUGCUCAGCCAAUGAAGCUUGAGGGUGUUCGGAGAGGAUCUACUACUUUGGGAUACUUUGAUAUUGAUGCUAGCAAUGCCAUUACCCGAACCAUUGCAUCUCAAGCAUUUCGGCGAGAUCAUGGUUCCCCACAAGUCCUGGCAGUUCAUCUUAACUACAUUGCAGUGGGAAUGGCAAAAGGAGUUAUUGUUGUCGCUCCAAGUAGAUACUCUUCUUAUAGUACUGACAACAUGGAUUCAAAGAUGCUAAUACUUGGUGUCCAAGGAGAUAGAUCUCAUGCCCCAGUAACUUCCAUGUGCUUCAAUCAGCUAGGGGACCUGCUCUUGGCUGGUUAUGGUGAUGGUCACAUUACUGUUUGGGAUGUCCAGAGGGCAUCAGCUGCUAAAGUGAUAACUGGGGAGCAUAUGGCGCCAGUAGUACAUGCAUUGUUCCUAGGCCAGGAUUCUCAAGUUACUCGUCAAUUUAAAGCAGUUACUGGUGAUAGUAAAGGUCUGGUUCUUUUACAUGCUUUCUCAGUGGUUCCCUUGCUUAACAGGUUCACCAUCAAAACACAGUGUCUUCUUGAUGGACAAAGAACAGGCACUGUACUAUCUGCUUUGCCCCUUCUUUUUGAUGAAUCUGUUGGAGGCGCUUUGCCAUCAUCACUGGGAAAUGCUUCACUUUCAUCCAGCAGCAUUGGUAACAUGAUGGGAGGUGUAGUUGGGGGAGAUGCGGGAUGGAAACUAUUCAAUGAGGGCUCUUCUAUGGCUGAAGAAGGUGUGGUCAUAUUUGUCACCCAUCAAACUGCUCUGGUGGUUAGGCUCACUCCCACUUUGGAAGUCUAUGCACAACUUUCCAAGCCAGAAGGAGUUCGGGAGGGUUCCAUGCCUUAUACUGCAUGGAAAUGUACUACACAAUCACGCAGUUCGUCAUCUGAAAAUAUUACUGCAGAUGUGGCAGAACGAGUUUCAUUACUUGCUGUUGCAUGGGAUCGGAAAGUUCAAGUUGCAAAGUUGGUUAAAUCAGAGCUCAAAGUAUUUGGAACAUGGUCCCUUGACAGUGCGGCAAUAGGCGUGGCUUGGUUGGAUGCUCAUAUGCUGGUGGUUCUCACAUUGACAGGACAGUUGUAUUUGUUUGCAAAGGAUGGUACUGUGAUUCACCAGACCAGCUUUGCUGUUGAUGGUUCUGGAGGGGAUGAUCUUGUUGCAUAUCAUACUCAUUUUAUAAAUAUCUAUGGGAAUCCUGAGAAAGCUUAUCACAACUGUGUAGCGGUAAGAGGAGCUUCUAUAUAUAUAAUUGGUCCCAUACAUCUUAUUGUUUCCAGGCUUCUCCCUUGGAAGGAACGGAUUCAGGUUUUGCGGAGAGCAGGCGACUGGAUGGGUGCCUUGAACAUGGCAAUGACACUUUAUGAUGGCCAAGCUCAUGGUGUUAUUGACCUCCCAAGAGCCGUGGAUGCUGUACAAGAAAUGAUAAUGCCUUACCUGGUGGAGUUGCUAUUGUCAUAUGUAGAUGAAGUAUUUUCUUAUAUUUCAGUGGCUUUUUGCAACCAAAUUGGAAAAGUGGAACAAGAUGACCAGAAGAGUGGAAGCGGUUCUGUGCGCUCAGAAAUAAAAGAACAAUUCACUCGCGUUGGUGGUGUUGCAGUAGAAUUUUGUGUCCAUGUACAGCGGACUGACAUUCUUUUUGAUGAAAUUUUCUCCAAGUUUGUGGCCGUUCAACAUAGAGAUACAUUUUUGGAGCUUUUGGAGCCAUAUAUAUUGAGAGAUAUGCUUGGAUCCCUACCUCCUGAGAUUAUGCAAGCUCUAGUAGAGCAUUAUAGCAGCAAAGGGUGGUUGCAACGAGUUGAACAAUGUGUCCUUCACAUGGACAUUUCUUCCUUGGAUUUCAAUCAGGUUGUCAGGCUAUGCCGUGAGCAUGGAUUAUAUGGUGCCUUGGUGUAUCUUUUCAAUAAAGGAUUGGAUGAUUUCAGAGCACCUUUAGAGGAGUUGUUAAUAGUUUCGCGAAGUAGUGAUAGAGAGAGUGCUGUUGCCCUUGGGUACAGGAUGCUUGUUUAUCUGAAGUAUUGCUUUUCAGGUCUUGCCUUUCCACCAGGGCAUGGAGCUCUUCCUCCUACACGUUUGCCAUCUCUUAGGACAGAACUUGUUCAGUUUUUAUUAGAGAAUUCGAGUGCCUUGAAUUCACGAGUUGUGUUGGGCUUGUCAUCAAGAGGAACAUAUCUGAACCUGUACCAUCUCUUAGAAUUAGAUACUGAAGCAACUUUAGAUGUUCUGAGGUUGGCUUUUAUGGAUGAUGAAAAUCCAAAACCUGAAUUCACUUCACAUGAUGUUGCUAAUAUAAAUAUGGAAAAUGAGCAGGAAAAUAUUACAACAAUUGAAAGUCAGAAUAUAUUGGUUCAAAAUACUCUAAAUGCUCUUGUUCAAAUCAUUGAAAAAGAUGCAUCCCAAGCAGCUGAACAUGCUAGUAGUGAUGAUACUGGAUCAGUAGAAGCGUGGCCUUCAAAGAGAGACAUAGGGAACCUAUUUGAAUUCAUUGCAUACCAUGUUGCAUGUAGAAAAGCUUAUGUUUCAAGCAGUGUGCUGAGUCAGAUUUUGGAGUAUUUGACAUCAGAGAGCAAUUUGUCAGCAAGUAUUCCUGCUCAUGUUAUCAAAACUUUAAAAAGGAGAGAGAAACAGGUGCUUGCACUUCUGGAGGUAGUGCCUGAGACUGAUUGGAACUCAUCUUACGUGUUACAGCUAUGUGAGAAAGCACACUAUCACCAGGUUUGUGGCUUCAUUCACACUAUCAGAAACCAGUAUCUUGCUGCAUUGGAUAGCUAUAUGAAAGAUGUGGAUGAACCAGUUCAUACCUUCGCAUAUAUCAACAAUACAUUAAGGCAGCUAAGUGGCAAUGAACGCGAUGAUUUUCAAUCAGCUGUCAUGUCUCGGAUUCCAGAGUUGGUUGUGCUGAGCAGAGAGGGAACUUUCUUGUUAGUCAUUGACCAUUUUAAUAGCAACAAUUCACACAUCUUCUCUCAACUACACUCACAUCUGAAAAGCCUUUUUCUAUAUCUAAAGACGGUUAUUGAGGUUCACUUGUCUGGAACCCUCAAUUUUUCACAUUUAAAAAAGGAUGAUGUUCUAGAUGCUUUUAGUGGAAGGAGAGUGAAAGAUCAGUUGAAAGGACUUGAAGCUUACUUGGAAAGGAUCUCGGAAUUUCCAAAGUUUAUAAGGAAUAACCCUGUCCAUGUAGCUGAUGAUAUGAUAGAGCUUUAUAUGGAGUUAUUGUGUCAGUAUGAACGUGAUUCAGUUCUCAAAUUCCUAGAGACUUUUGAUAGCUAUCGGGUAGAACACUGUUUGCGCUUGUGCCAGGAAUAUGGCAUAACAGAUGCAGCUGCUUUUUUGUUGGAAAGAGUUGGUGAUGUUGGGAGUGCUCUUUUUCUGACACUUUCUGGCCUCAAUGAUAAAUUUGCUGUGCUUGAUACAGCUGUGGGAAGUGUGAUUUCAACUACAACUUUACGUGGCUCUGCUGGCAUUGAUUAUUACAGCACUGUUUUAAAAAUGAAAGAGGUUGAUGAAAUACGCAGUAUAUUGAACUCCUGUAUUGGUUUGUGUCAGCGAAACACCCCUCGUUUGCAACCUGAGGAGUCAGAGACACUAUGGUUCAGAUUACUUGAUUCUUUUUGUGAGCCUUUGAUGGAUUCACAUGCUGAUGAAAGGGUAUUGAGAGAAAGUCAAGUUGGAAUGCCAGCUGAAACAUUGGGUGAACAUGAGGAUGAUGAGCCCAUAAUCAAGUGGAAAAUCUCUAGGUCCCACAAAGGUGCCCAUAUCUUAAGGAAAUUGUUCUCUCAGUUCAUCAAAGAGAUUGUUGAAGGAAUGAUAGGAUAUGUUCGCCUUCCUACUAUCAUGUCAAAAUUGCUCUCUGACAAUGGUAGCCAGGAAUUUGGUGAUUUUAAAAUUACCAUAUUGGGGAUGCUUGGAACAUAUGGCUUUGAGAGGAGAAUUCUGGAUACUGCCAAGUCCUUGAUAGAAGAUGAUACAUUCUAUACCAUGAGUUUACUCAAGAAGGGGGCAUCUCACGGGUAUGCCCCCCGGAGUCUCAUAUGUUGUAUAUGCAACUGCCUUCUCACCAAGGGUUCCUCUAGUUUCCAAAUUCAAGUUUUCAGUUGCGGUCAUGCAACUCAUCUUCAAUGUGAACUUCUGGAAAGUGACUCUUCAAGUAAAGGUUCCUUGUCUGGAUGCCCUGUUUGUAUGCCUAAGAAGAAUACUCAGAGACCUAGAAAUAAAUCAAUCCUUCCUGAGAAUGGUUCAGUAAAUAAGGUUUCAUCAAGAUCAAAACGAUCACAAGGAACUAGCUUGUUACACCUGCAUGAUGAUUCAUUAGACAGUUCACAGCAAAUAUCGCGGUUUGAUAUAUUGACUAAUCUUCAAAAAGACCAGAAAUUAGUCCAGAUAGAGAACAUCCCUCAGUUAAGGCUUGCCCCACCAGCUGUUUAUCAUGAAAAGGUGAAGGAAGGACCUGAGCUUUUGACAGGAGAGAGUAGCAGCGGUGCUGCAAAAAUUGAAAAACCAAGCAAAAGGAGGCAACUCAGGGAGCUGAAAGUGACAGGAUCAUCUCUUCGGUUUCCAUUAAAAUCAAGUAUAUUUGGCAAGGAGAAGAUGAAUAAAAGGUGACUGCUGUUUUGUACAGACUAACAUUGGUAGAGAUUCCAUAGCUGCAUUUCAACAGGCUGAUGAAUUUUGUUGAUUCGAAAUACAACGUUUGUCUGGCUGAGUUUUUGAUCCCUAAUUCAUUACAUGGAAGUAUAUAUAAUAAUGUUACUCACUGAUCAUUUAUGCUAUGAUUCAGCUUAACUACAAUGAACUUGAGGAGAGAAUAAGGACAUAAAGGCUUCAUGACUGAUAUUAUAAUAUAUUAUUGACGAGUAUUGUGCAUUGA